UUCAGAGUUAUCUCCCUUCAGCCCGGUUCUCGCCAUUUUCUGUCUUCGAAGGGAAUGAAAGAUGGAAAAUUUGAUACCUGUAAUUAAUAAACUGCAAGAUGUGUUCAACACAGUUGGUUCAGAGACAGUACAGCUGCCACAAAUUGUGGUAAUUGGUAGUCAGAGUUCUGGAAAGAGCUCUGUGUUGGAAAGUCUUGUUGGGCGUGAUUUCUUGCCACGUGGAACCGGCAUUGUAACUCGACGACCUCUAGUGCUGCAGCUGAUUCACUUAGGUAGAGAUGAUGUUGAGACUAGGACUCAAGAUGGAACUUUCAUCAAAGCAGAUGAAUUUGGCAAAUUUCUGCACACUAAGAAUAAAGUCUACACUGACUUUGAUGAAAUUAGACAGGAGAUCGUCAACGAGACAGACAGAAUGUCCGGGACAAAUAAGGGUAUAUGCUCAGAGCCCAUCAACCUGAAAGUGUAUUCUGGAAAGGUAGUAAACCUGACCUUAGUCGACUUACCUGGUAUCACAAAACUUCCUGUUGGAGACCAGCCGGCUGAUAUUGAACUACAAAUUCGAGAUUUGUGUUUGAAGUAUAUCAGUAACCCAAACUCUGUCAUACUGGCCGUCACCUCAGCAAACACAGACUUUGCUACAUCUGAAUCGGUGAAGCUGGCACGUGAUGUGGAUCCAGAAGGAAGAAGAACUUUGGCAGUUAUUACAAAGCUGGACCUGAUGGAUGCUGGCACAGAUGCCAUGGAUGUGCUGUGUGGCCGGGUCAUCCCAGUCAAGUUAGGAAUCAUCGGAGUGGUCAACAGAAGUCAGGCAGAUAUCAACAAGAAAAAGGAUUUGCAAGAAGCAUUAAAGGAUGAAGCUAUAUUCCUACAAAAGAAAUAUCCAUCUAUUGCCAAUAGAAAUGGAACAUCCUACCUUGCGAAGACACUGAACAGACUUUUGAUGCACCACAUACGAGAUUGCCUUCCAGAGUUGAAGACAAGAGUUAAUGUGCUAAUUGCUCAGUUCCAGUCAUUGCUUGCAUCAUUUGGUGAACCUGUGGAAGACAAGGGCCACUUGCUGCUACAGAUCAUCACCAAGUUUGCAUCAGCAUACUGUAACACAAUAGAAGGAACAGCCAAAAACAUAGAAACAGCAGAGCUUUGUGGAGGAGCCAGAAUUUGUUACAUAUUUCAUGAGACAUUUGGCAGAACAUUGGAAUCGGUUGACCCACUUGGUGGUUUGUCAACUAGAGAUGUACUGACAGCCAUUAGAAAUGCAACGGGUCCUCGUCCAGCAUUGUUUGUCCCUGAGAUCUCCUUCGAGCUACUUGUGAAGCGACAGAUACGUCGGCUUGAGGAACCAAGUCUGAGAUGUGUGGAGUUGGUACAUGAAGAGAUGCAGAGAAUGAUCCAGCAUUGUGGCACUCAGCAAGAAAUGUUGCGGUUUCCUAAACUACAUGAAAGAAUUAUUGAUGUUGUAACAAACUUACUGAGAAGACGACUUCCCACAACAAAUGCAAUGGUUGAGAAUUUAGUGGCAAUAGAACUGGCCUACAUCAACACAAAACAUCCUGACUUUUCUGAGGCCCACUUCGUGCAUAGGUCUGUGUAUGACACAGAGUCUUCCAACCACCCGACCCGGGCACUGACAAAAGACAUGGUGGCCAAACACACCGAGGAGAAGGACAAGCAGAGCGUUGCACUACAAGACAAUAUGAAUGGUGGCACAUGGAAGAUAUCUAACCUCAUCAGGGGCAGUAGACUGGAGCUCUCAGCCGACAAACUGUCUGAUCAUGGGUCAUCAUCACUUCCAAGUAGUGGCCCUAAUAGUGCAGUGCAAUCACCAGCUCGCAAUAGGAAGGGCAUCAACCUGCUCCCUGAAGUGCCUGAACAACCAGUUAUGAAGCUUUCAACACGUGAACAGAGAGAUUGCGAAGUCAUAGAGCGCCUCAUCAAGUCCUACUUCCUGAUAGUGCGUAAGAACACGCAAGACAGCAUCCCGAAGGCCAUCAUGCACUUCCUGGUGAACCACGUGAAGGACAACCUUCAGUCGGAGCUGGUGUCACAGCUGUAUAAGAAGGAGGAAGUAACUCUGCUGGAGGAGUCGGACCACAUUGCUGCACGCAGGAAAGAGGCACAAGAAAUGUUGCAGGCACUACAGAGAUCUAGUCAUAUAAUAGGAGAAAUACGAGAAAUACAUUUAUGGUGAUAAUUGUGAGCUUGGCAGGACAGACUGUACUAGAGUACACCACUGUCAUACAGCUACACUCACAGCAUUGAUACAGGUGCUGCUGCUGCUGCUGCUGCUGCUGUUGUGUCGGGUUGUCACAUGCUGUGUACUGGGGAAAACAUGUAAGGAUGUGAUCGGACUUGAUUCAGCUGUGUUGGUCAGAGGGAGCAUAUGGAUGCAGCCAAGCUUUGUGCAACAUUUCAAAUUACAUACAAUUGUGCAACAUGUACUUCAUUUGUGGCUGCAAUUUCAUUCACAUUUAUAUUAAAAUCCAAUUAUCAUUUAACUGGUAUUAGAUUAUGGUAUGAACCCCCCUGCAAAUGAUCAGCAAUUUUAAAAAUGGAAUUUGCAAUCAUUUAGUAAAGUUACAAGAGGAAUGCUUUUGAAACUUGUUUAAUACAAAUGUAAUUCAGCCACACCAACACUAAAAUUUCUUUAGUUGCUGAGCUUUCUUGAACAUUUACUCUUUCUCCCAUUUCAUUCAAGUGGAAUUGGGAAAGUCUGUGCAGAAUUGUCAGUAAUAGUUUUCAUGUUGAAAUUUUUCUUUCAUUCAUGUUUUGCAAGCUGCACCUCAACAGCUGUUUAUUGUUGGAGUAGGAAGUUGGUGGGAGGAUAAUUCAGAAUGAGGUUACUUUGAUUAUUGUAAAUUGCUAAUGCUCUGAUGGUUUUCUCAAGGAUGUGUGUUUCUAUGUACACUGUGAAGUUCCUAGUGGGAUCAUCUCCAUGUACAAGAAGAGAUCAUCAGAGAGAACACUGAAAGCCCACAUGGCACAAUGGAAAGCCAAUUCUAGAACACAAUCUCAUAGCUGAACUCAACAUUAGUCACUGUAUGGUGAGCUAAUAAAUGCCACUCCAAUUUGUACUGGAUGCUGUAAUGACUGUUUGGAAAUCUUUCUUUAUUUGAAAUCAUAAAAUCCAUACACUCUUGCUAAUAUGACUGAGAAGUUAGACACUUUUCCAGCAUAACAGUAAUGUUAAAAUAUUGUUAAAUUAUGUUUACAGUAGUUUUAGCACUUAUUAUUACUGAGUUGAAUCAGGUGUGAAUAGUAGUUGUUAAGGUCAGUUUCAUGACAAUUUGUUCAGCUGUGGUUACCAGGUACAUUGUACGUACUGGUAAUCACUUUCAUGUAUUCAUUUGCCAGUUAUGCCUCCAAGACAUAUUGAUACAUAUAAGCAUUGACUAUGAUCUUUGUUUCAUUCAUUGUGUUAGAAUCCACGAAGUAAUUUUUUUAAUGAAAAGUCAAUCUACAUGAUUGUUUCUGAUGAGGAAAAUAUGCAAUAUGCAGAUGAAUGGUGUUCAGGUGUGGUAGAUACAGGCUCAUGAAGACAGGCUAUAUUCAUUUGGACAUUCAUUACAUUUCUGUGAAUGAUAAGAAGUCCAUUGUGUUAGAUAUGGUAUAUUUCAAAUAAAGAUACAUUUUAUCCAGUGCAUGAUUGCUUGUUUAACAGUGGUGUUUGAUGUUUAUCUGCAGAUUUCUUAAUGUUCAAUCUCACUUGUACAGACUUUAAUAAUUUUACUCAAUAAAUAUUUGAUGUUGCCAAUCCAAAGAAAAAUUCUUGAUAUACCAGAUGUUUAAUAUUACCUUGGAAAAUUCCAAAUAGGAAAAGGUUUGAUGUUAGAUGUUGUCAAGACAAGAUUCUUCAUGAUUAGGUUUAUACUAUUAAUCAGUAUGCAUCCAGGGAGGUUAGAAGUGAAACGGUUUCAUAGAGGUUUUGUGAUUAACAACUAACUUCUGAAAACCAAGAAAAGUAGUUUAUUUGGGGAGCUGUUGAUUGUAGCAGGUAGAAACAUUGAAAAUUCUUGUUUUGUUAUGUCCUUCUGAUUAUUUUGGAGAGAGAGUCUGUAGUGUGUUGCACCUAACAUCUGUACAUUGAUGGCAGGCAGUUGACAACUGGUUAGCAUGUGUACAGGAAUGAAGAGAAGCCACACUAUGACCAGAGCCCAUGAAAAUGUUUUAUGAUAGUGCAAGCCUUCUAAAUGAGACAGCAGAUGAAAUCAUAUCCUGUUUGUGAGGCAUGGCAUCAUCUGUUAACUUAUUCUCCUCAGAAACCGUUGCUAAAGAUGCUGAAAUUUCACAUGCAUGUACCCACAUACUUUUGUGUGAUAUUAGGAAUUUUGACCUUUACAUUAUUACAUUAUUACCAAGCCCCCUAAAUUCUCUCAUAAAUUCUUGUAAUAAUCUUCUCCUGUGAAUCCUCUGUACUGAUGAAGCUGAAAAUGUGCAUGGAUCCCCCCACGACGACAUUUUUUGUUUAAAUCCUUGUCAUUUAAUCAAAAAUAUUGAAGAAAUCAAAAUAUCAGAAAAGGAGGUUUAAUCUUUUUCUGAAACACCAUUGGAUGUAGAAAUCUUAAACUGUGUCUAAAUCAUAAUUGUUAUGAGAAGCUUACAGGCUGACUAGAUACAAUUAAACAACCACCUAUAUGGUGUCUGCUUAAUAUGUUGCUCGAAUUUGAGCUCUGCUGCUGCUGCCAACACAAUAGGUUUCCUCAACCACAUGCCAAUGCACAUACUGGUAUGUUUGGGACUUCAUAUCUGAUAUACUUCCUAUGUACUUUUAUAACAUUUGACAGGAUCAGAGUUAAAUUCAAGGUCACUAUGAACUAGGAAUAAUAAAAGAUUGUGUAAAUGACAACAUGAUUAUUUAAGGAAACUUGGUGCACAUGAUCCUGAAGUCAGUAUCUCCUUCCUGUGAACUCUAUAUAAGGUCAAGGUCAUGGUCACAAGAGGUCAAAUUAUGAAAACAUAUGGUGAAAAUUUUGGAUUCAUUCUUGACAAAUCACACAAAAAUAUUCCAAUCAUUUGUGAUAUACUCUCAAUAAUUAACUCAAUACCUAUCACUUUGAAAGUCAUUCACCCGUGAACGAAAUGGAGAUUUUCAUAUUUGUAAUACCACCACCUAAGUUUGCAACAAGUGAUUGGAUGACAUUGAAAGUCAAGGUCAUACAGUGUGAGUUGGGCAGCCAAAAGCUUGUGUACAAGAUAACUUGAGAAUUUAUUAUUGGAAUUUAAUGAAACUUUAAGUACAUGAUCUCCAGACAGUUCAAGGUUGAGAUUAAAAGUCAAUGCUAUAGGCAUGAAACUUUGUUUCAACUAUUUGCUGCAUUGGCUGUGUGUUUUCAAAAACUGGAAGUGUUGUUAUUAUACUUGAAGUGCUUAUGACCUUGUUAUCAAGGUAGCUAGAUUGAGGUAUAAGCCUUUCUGCUUGAAAGUUGUUCUUAUUUGGUGUGUGAGCAACUGUCACCUGAUGUCACUAUCAAAAUGGUUCAUUAUACAUGUUUCUGAUGGGAAAGUAUGGGCACAUUCAGGAAAAGGUGGAUUGUGCUACUUCUGUUUUAGUAUAUUAUGCAAUCUAAUUUUUCUAGUGAUGAAUAUUUUCAAUUUAUUAAAGUAUUUCAGCAUUCUUGUUGAAGUCUCUAAAAUGCUGACUUGCAAUAAAAAUCAAAGUAGAUGAAAGUUUUAAGAGCACAAUGCCCUAUUUAACAUUUCAUCUAAUUAUCUAAAUAGAUGGAGUCACAAUGGCAGAAAGUAAAUUUUUCUCAUAAUUUGGUUGCCAAGGACACAAAAUUUGACUAAAAUGUAUUCUCAAGAACCACAAAGCGUAGAAAGCUGAGACUGUAUUGUCUAAUUAGAUUCAACAAUGUUCAAGGCAUCAUGAUCAUCAACUGUAGGUGAUGGUGCGGGGUAAAAAAUCUGAAAGUUAUUGCACCAAGUGUUUUAAAAUGAUGUUGACAAAAACAUUGAAGAAUUUUAUUCAACAACUUGUUUUCAGAAAUCUUAAAGCUUGAAUGGAAACAUUGAUGAUAAGGGCAAUGCAUUAUGUCCAGAGUACAAAGGUUAAGGGAACUAAAUUAUACUGCCAACAAAUGUGUGGGGUCAAUUGUCUCAUGAAAUAUGUUAGGAAAUAUAUCUUAUGCUUUCAUGGCCAAACUUGGUGUAUGACAUCUUAUUUGAAUAUGACAAAAGACCAGGGGCAGUAAUGUCUACGUUAUGGUAAUAUUUGUCACAGAUCUGAAGCUUUGCAUCAAAAUGGAAAUUUUAUCAUUUAUGAGAUGUGAGAAAUUGUUUGAUAAAGCCAUAAGAAAAGUGCAUCUCCUCUCAAGGUGAGAGGGGCGGUCGGGUAGCCUAGUGGUUAAAGCGUUAGCUCGUCACGCCAUAGACCCGGGUUCGAUUCCCGACAUGGGUACAAUGUGUGAAGCCCAUUUCUGGUGUCCCCCGCCGUGAUAAUGCUGGAAUAUUGCUAAAAGCGGCGUAAAACCGUACUCACUCACUCACUCAAGGUGAGUAGAAUUUUAUGUAAAUGUAACUGCUGUGUAUUGCAAAAAUGUUGUGCAAUAUUACAUAUGACAGUCAUUGUUAUCCACAAUCAGUUAAUCAGUGUUUCUUUGGCUUAUGUUAUUGAUAUACUGUGUCAUUAUCAUAUGAGUUGAGGCUUUUGAUGAGUACCCAUUUUGUUGCACAUUGUUUGUGUGGCAUAACUAACUACUUGGCUGUUUAGAUGGGAUUGCCCACACACUCUGUAGCCUACUACGGACACAAGGGUGUGUGCAGUCUUGGAGGUUUGAAAUAAAGCAGCCACCCUUUACAUGAACAACAAAGGUUUUGUACAUGGCAGAAUAUAUUAAUACAUGUUUUGUGUAAGUGUGUUUAGUCCUGUGUGGAGUGAGACUCAGUGAGUGUGUAUUUCCAACAUUUGUGUGUAUUCUUGAUAUUAUGUUAUUGUACACUAGAUUCUUGUGGCGCUGCUUUGGAAACAUAGCAUCGAAGGCACCUUGGUAACUGCAUAAGGUAAUCCAUUUUAGGUAUUUAUUUAUAAGUUCUGGUACUCGUUUGGAAUUUAGCAUAUUGCAGCAAAUGUGGUCAAGACAUUUUUUCUGCAUAAUGAUCGUUCUGGAGGAUAUGUGGUAGGAUUUCGUUUGAUUUCAUUUCAUGAAAAAAGACUUGACUAACAUGAAGCGCUUGUUGUAAUCAAAUGUGUGCACAUAUUUGCAUAGAUAGUUAAUACUCAUUUUGAUGCUGUUGUUGAGAAAUGGAAUCAGGAACUCUGUGAUCUAUCACAAGGAUUAGCAUCAAUAUUAAAACAAUACAUUUUCUAGAAGCCAUGUAUUCAAAGGAGUCAUGAUAAGUGUUUAAGUUCACCUGACAAAGUCAAAUGAGCUUUCUGUUAUGACAUGUUGUCUGUCUGGUUGUCCAUUCAUUGAUCCAAUGAUCCCAGGUAAAGUGUCUCUAAAACAUGCUUUGAUUUUACAGGAAGAUGGUAUUACUUGAUAUGUUUUUGCCUCUGUAUUCUUUUGACCUAGGUAUGAUGUUUGUUCUUCACUUACCCUUGUUUUUCUUAAAUUAAUUUAUUUUCAACGUCUCCUGAAACCUCUGGGUUUUUAACGCUGAUUUUGCGUGUUUAUCAUCCCAACACUGUCUUUAUAAAAUGUACUGAGAGAAUUCAUGGCAGCCUUAUAGAAAAAGUCAAUUUUAGGUCACUUGAUAUUAAGCGCCCUACUUGAAAAAGUGCCCUCUGACCAACUUCUAGAGCAAUCUAUAAGUAAUCAUUAUAAGCACCCCUACUAAGACAGAAAAUUUACAUGGCAGUCAGUAUUCCUUAUGUAUAUUGUAGAUUAUUUACAGAAAACAGAAGUGUGAAAGGGAAUAUUAUAUCCUAUUAUUAAUUUUGACCUCUGCACUUUGACCAUGCAACUAAGUUCUCUUAAAAUGUAAUUCUUUGCAGUGUUAACCAAUGAAGCUGAAAUUUUAUGUACUUAUUCCCACGAAUGAUGACACCCCAAAUUGUUAGUUUAAUCCUAUUUUAUUCAUAAAUGGAAAAAAAUUGGGAACAAAUCGUCACCUUUAUUUGUUCUCCCCAAUGUUUUCAACAAGUCAAACAAACCCUUUUUAUGACCAUUACAUAGUGAUUUGUUCAGAAUGUAAUGAAAUUUGGUAUACGUGAAAUUUAUGAGUGGCUCUCACCACAUGUUUCAUUUUGGGGGAUUUUGUUCUUGUUUGACCAUGCUCUCAAGUUCUCUCAAAAUGCAUAAUUGCCUCGGUAGACUUCUUGUCUGAUGAAAUUGCCAGACUUAGGGAGCUGAAUUUUGGCAUGUAUGUUUCUCCUUUAUAUGAUGACAGCUUAUUUUGUACAGUUAUACUUUAGUGUCUGUAAGUAAAUUUUUGCAGGAUUUUUUUUUUAAGAAUAUCAAUUGUGACAGCAACUUUUGUUUUGUGGCUAUCUUUGCUCUUUAAACUAUUGACAUUAUGUCCAGGAGAGCUUUAGUGCACUACAUUAUCCAUGUAUUCAGGCUUCUCUUCAUGUCAUUAUGAUCAUUUCGUUUGUUGCUUAACACCGCACUCAACAAUAUUCCAGCUACAUGAUGGCGGUCUGUAAAUAUUCGAGUUGGGACAGGACAAGCCAAUGAGUGAUAGCAUGAGCAUCAAUCUACACAAUUUGGAAAGUCAUCGAGCCUGAGCACCCAAUCCCUUUAGUCGCCUAUAAUGACAAGCAUGGGUUGCUGAAGACCAGUUCACCCGAUCUUCACGAGUCAUGAUAUUUUGGAAUAACGUAUACAUGUCAUAUGUUUAUGGCAUAUUUUCAUUUUUGAACGAGCUACAGUCUUUGACUUUCCUGUGUUUUACAGAAUAGCAUAUUUAACCAUCACACGCUGCAGUUGGUGUAGUUUUAAUGGAUUUCAACAUGUCUUCAGAAACUUAGGGUCAUUAAAACACAGCUGUCCUACUGAAAAUGUAAUAUUUGCCCAUUGUUAAGCUAUUUCUGCAUAUAUCAUUAUUAUGUUUGAUAAUCAGUAGUUAUGUUGUAUGACAUAUGACACUUUUGUUUGUGCGUUUUUUGCUGUCACAAAUUGUGACCUUGAUAUACUGCAAUGCCUUGGUAGUCCUGAUGAACAUGUUGUGGUCCUCUGCCCUUUAUACAUUUUCUAUUAUCAGAUUUAAUGAACAUGCUUGGAGGAUGUUUAAUGGAGAGUUUUGUUAUUUAUUUAACAUAUCCGGAUUUGCAUUUCUUGAUGUAAUAUAAAAUUCUUGAAAUAUUCAGGUGAGCUGCAGAGCUUUGUGCAUUUUGUUCCUAGGUUUGUUUCUUUCUAUGUAUAAAUAUUUUCCAGAAAAUCAAAUAUUUUAAUCUAAAAUGACUGAUGUAUGUUUAUGAAAACCAUGGUGUUAUCCAGCUAGAUAAACCAGAAUGUGAUUAAGGAGAUAAAUAUACAGUAAACUACGUUUAUAACGAACACGCUUUUAACGAACUGGCGGAUAUAACAAACUGUUCUUUUGGCCCCAGCCAUUUCCUGUAUAUAUGCUUAUAACGAUUUACGGUUAUAAUGAACUAAAAUUUGUGGUCCCUUUGAGUUCGUUAUAACCGUAGUUUACUGUAGUGUGUUUUCCGCGUAGAGAUUUUGACAGAGAUUCAAGACAUGUUAAAAAAAUGUUAGAAUUCAAAACCUCACGUUAUUGUGAACAUUUCAAGGUGUCAGAUGUACAUUUGUAACCUCUACAUUGAAAACACAAUAGGUUUAUUUCCAUUCAACCAUGACAAAAUGACAAAAGAAACAUAAACUCUUGGGUUAUAACAUACUUGAUGAGUUAUGAGGCAUGGGUUGAGCCUAAUAUCUACAGUGGGUUGAGCCUAAUAUCUACAGUGGGUUGAAGGUGUGAAAUCAGUGAUCAGCGAAAGAAAUGCUACUGAAUAUAUACUUUCUUUAGUGUUUAUGAGCAAAGAUAUGGUCUUGUGUAGAUUUAUAACCACUAGCUGAUAAUCAGAAUGCAGGAUUUUACACAAUCUCAUUGAAGAGUGUAUGAUAUCAGCCAUCCUGACAAUAGACUACUAGCAGGAGGAUGAAGGUCUUUUGUAAUUACUACAAUACAUAGAUUCAGUAUUACAACCAGUUUACAAAUAACAGUAAAUUUUCUUAAAUUUUGACUUUGUUUAAUGUGGGCCUUUGUUGAGGAUGGAAUGGAGAAUAUCAGUUUUAUAGGAGAUUGUGUGUUGAUUGGGAGGGACUGGCUGCCAAGGAUAUACAAGCAUGCAAAAUACUGGUAACAUACUACCACUCACUCUCUUUCCAAUCUGCGCAAUUGUUUGUCAACAGUUCACAUUGCUUGGAGUAAACCAUGAAAUGUAGCAGGCACUCUUCUGCACUCCUCAUCCGUCGUGUGGGCUUGCUUUGAAAAGUGUUUUGUGUGCAGCCAGCGCCUCCAAAAUCGUUUGCCUGAGGAGAAUGAGUGCAGCCCUUCUAUGCUGUAGUGCUUGUUGUAACCUGACCAUUCCUUGUAGAUACACACUAGAAUAAUUUAGAAUUUUGUACAUAAGUGUUUAAUGUCUGCAAUUAAAAUGUCUUCUUGUU